GCUUUGCUGCAUUCUCCACAUUUCCCUUUCAAUCAUCAUCAUCAUCAUCAAUUCACCAUCUUUCUCUCUCUAACUUCAUCUUCUUCAUCAAACAACAAACACCCAAAUUCAAACCCUAAAAUUCCUCAGAAAUGAGCUACAGAAAAUUCGAAAUCAUCGAACGUUCUUCCCCUUUCUUCAUCACUGAAACCACCACCAUUCUCCCCCCUAAACCCUUCUCCUUAAACCCAUUCUUCCAAGAUGACGUCACUUUCUCUCUCCUCUCCGAGUUCCCCGACUCAGUCACUGAUCUACUCCAGAUCGAGUCGACCCCUUUAUGCUCCUCUUACAAGCGAGUCACCCGCCGAGUCGACUCGUCCGAGUCGUACAUCAAGGCGCUUUCCGACCGAGUGAGCUCGCUCGAGUCGAAGUUCGACCGGCUAUUGCAGGUGAAGGAGAGAGAGAAGAAGGUGAAGCAGCUGAGUGAGAUGGACAGGAAGUACUCGUGGACGGCUGAGAUUAAAGGAGAUGUAGAGAAGAAGUAUAGAUGGACGGCUGAGAUUGAAGGGGAUGAUGUUAAGAAAGGGAAAAAUGGUGAGAGGAAGUAUCAGUGGAUUACUGAGAUUAAAGGGAAGAAAGAUGAUGAUAAGAGGGUUUACACGUGGAAGGCUACUAUUGGUGGAGAGAAGAAGAAGGAGAAAGAAAAAAAGGAAAAGAAAGGUGAGAAAGGAUCCUCUGCUACGCGGAUAGUGGAGAUCGAAGAACACUCUGAUGAUCGUAGGGUUGUGGUUAUGCGUCAGGCUUUUGCCAAAAGAGCUGCCAAGGGAAAAAAGAAAGAGCUAUCAGCCUGGGAUGCAGCAGCUUUGAUCCAGUUGAACUUCAGGGCUUACCUUAUUCGUAGAUCUCAAGCGCUUCGUGCCCUUCGAGAGCUGGCGGUUGCAAAGACCAAGUUGAAGGAGCUCAGGGCUUUGUUCCACAAUUUCUCCUACCGUAGUCGUAUUUCCCGUGAUGCUGAGGAGCGUCAGAAAUUUGCAGAGAAAAUCAUCGUUCUGCUCCUCACUGUGGACGCGAUUGAGGGAGUUGAUCUGAUGGUGAGAGCUGCAAAGAGGUCAAUGGUGGAUGAGCUAGAGGCAAUGCUCGAUGUAGUGGACCCCCAGCCUGGCGGGGGGAGAUCUCUUUCCAUGAGGCGAAGGACCUUCGAUAUGCCUAGUGCGGCCAUCCAAAAGGAAAUUGCGGAAGGUGUUGCUCAGGUUGUUCAAAUGCUCGAUGAAGAAAAUGGAACCUUUGAGGCAUGCUUGUAAAAUUGUAAUGGUAUAUUUUGCUGCACUGAUAAAAUCAUGUCUUUCAGCCUGUGUUGUUGUAUCUUUCUUUGGUCUUGAGGAGUUAGAAUUUGCAGUAUGAACCAUUUUGUGUAUUAAGCGGCUGGGUGUUUUUAGGUGUAGCUUAGUUUGUAUCCUCAGGAAGAUCGUUCCUACUGCUUUCAGUUUCUUAUGUUCAGCCUACGAGCUCGCUUUUCUGGGUGCUUCUGAGUAAUUUAAUGUGAUCUGGGAUUAUUGAAA